UAUCUUUUCCCCUGAAAGCCUCCAUUCCUACAGAUCUACUCUUCCUGCAAGGUCUUCCCACCAGCUGUUCUCUACUUCUGCCACCUCCCUCAUCUGUCCAUCUGGCUGUUCUCUGCAGCUGCCUCUCCUGUUAUCUGCUCGCUGUCCAUUGCUGUGGUGCUGAAACAUAUCUGGCUACUAACACGCCCGACAGUUGAUCUUGGAUUGGGCGAUCAAGUUAUGAAGAUGGCUGAACCAACAGAGGAUCCAGGUGGCGAGGAAGUCUCGAGGGGGGCACCUGUGAGACAGAGAGAGCACUCUCCCAUGUUGCACCUGGAUCUUUAUAACUUUGAGUGCCCAGUAGCAGAGGGAAGUCGUUAUGUGCUGACCAGUCCCCGAUCUCUGGAGGCCUGUGCUCGAUGUAUGGUAAAGCCAGUAGAGCUAUUAUCAAGAAACCUUUCUGAUUUGGUCAGAGAAGCUCCAGGGCGAUCCAUGCGGGUUGCUACUGGUCUUUGUGAAGUAUAUGAGAUAGAAAGACAGAGAAAGCUGAAAAUGUGCAGGGAAGAGAGGGAACGAAUUAUACGUCAAGAAAAGAGGAGAAUUCUACCUUUGGUAUUGAGCAGCAGUUUAAGUUCCCCAUCAAGCUCAAAGGCAUCCUCUCGAGCAGAACCUUCAGCACCUGCUGUGGGUAAAAGAUAUGACUCUCCUUCCAAUACAGGUACACAGAGGAGCAAUACACCACUCUCUAGUUCUGAAAGAUCUAAAUCCCUUCCUUCUAAAAGCACCCAAAGAUCCAUGCCACCACCUUCCAAAAAGCAACAUAUACCAGUAUCCAAGACUAAAAAAUGCAGUACCACCCAGUCAAAAGAAUACCAUGGCAGUGGUGACUCAGUCACUAAGGAGCCCUCAAGAAAGAGUAAAAGUCAAUCUCUGGACUCACUUCAGAAAAUGAGAGAUGGUUCCUCAGGUAGAACUUCUUCAGAGUCCAUAACCUCAUCUUUUAGCGGUGAUAGCCUCAGAGGCAGAACCACACAGUUCAUACCAAAAUCCAGGACACUUGAUGCAGUUAAUUCUCUGCUAGGUAGAAGUUUCAGUCUGGGGGAUCUUAGUCACUCACCACAAACCACAAAGAAGGUUGAGAAGAUGGUUAAAGAAGUGAAGAAAAAAGGCAUCCAUGAAUUGCCUCAACGAGACAAAAAGAUUGCAGCAAUCAUGAUUGCUAGACACGAGGAAGAAAACAUUAGAAAUGAGCAGAGCUACUGGGCACACCUACAGUGGGACACCCAGAGAAGAACAUCAGGCUUCCAAAAGGAGCAAGAGGAAAGACAAAGGCAAAAAGCUAUAUUACAAGGGCAAAAGAUGCUGGAGUCACAAAUCAAGAGUAGACGUGGCAAAAUCUCUAUGGAGGAGCUUAAUUCUGCAGCCAUAAACCAAAGUAAGAGUCUGCUCCAUGAAGCACAUCUGAGGGAACAAGGUCCAGAGUUAGAAAAGCACAAUAAAGAAGAGUCAGGUAAAAAGCAGGGUAAGCAAAAGAAGACCCACCAGGAACAAAGCUUGAAAUCCAAAAAUCUUAGUGAUGAAUUGUCUCAAGACAAGUUACUUAUUGCUCAGCAAAAGAAACAAGAGGUAUCGACACAGCUACAGGUUAAUAAAAUACUGCAAAACAAAAUGGAGAAAAUUAAGCACCAGGUACUUCUUCAUGAAAUAGCCCAAAAAGAGGAAUCAGACCAUGAGGAACUUAGAAGGACACUUGAAAGAAAUCUCUACAGAGCACAAGAAAAGGUAGAGCAGUUACAAGAGAAAAAAAAUCAAGAACUAAAGAGCAGGGCACAAAAGGAGGAAAUGCAAACCCAAAGGGCUAGACAGGUAGCAGAACGUAAAGAAAGGGAGCGUUCAGAUCAUUUAAAAGAGCUAGCAGUGACUACUGAAAGGAGACUACAGCACGCUUCCCAAAUAGCCGAGGAAGUUGUACAGCACAAAGCAAAGAAAGCUAUAGAAAGCAGAUUGGAAAAGGAGAAGAUCCAGAGGGAGAAUCGACAAAGGGUCCUGAAAAGUGAAGACAUGAAGAGACAGGAGCUACUGAUGUCCAUAGAAAAGAAGCUUGAGCGCAGUGAACAAAUAUUCAGGGAGAAGCAGACUGUGCUAGACAAUGCACGGUCAGUGGCCAGAGCUUCCUUUAAUAUCCGGGAGAGAGUGCGAGCUGAGACAAACAUACGCACUUUUGAUAAAAUGGCUCUGGAAGCCGAACUAUAUGCGAACAUUAACAAAAAAUAAUGGACCUGGUUGAAUAGGUAAACAUAUCUAUGCUAGCAGCUCUUGAUUCAUUAUCCAGGGUAUAUUUGACCUCUGCUACCUGCACAGUGAAAUGCAAUGAUAGGCAUACUGUAAGUCAGUGAUCAUUCUUAGUCAAUGCAUUAGAUGGAGAUUCUCUGGUAUGCAGUUCACAGGCCUGGAUUUAGCAUUAGAUAAUCUAUGACUGUUUUGAAGGGUGG